AUAGAAACUGAUACUUGCCAUGAGUUUGGAGCUUACGUACGAUAUGCACAUUGUUUGAGUGAAACGUGAUUUACAAGAUUCUUGUCUGCUUUUCUUGUUCUUUUGAACCUGUCUCUUUCUGCAAAACAAGCUUCAUCAUGGCCACAGAAGUUAGCUCAAGCACUGCAAAAGGAAAUCCCCAUCAGCAGCAUUCAACUUCUGAGCAACAAGACCCUCCCAAGUUUGACAAAGCAGAGAACCAGCCAAAGGAGAAUCAGCAGCCAAUAGACGUAGUGGACAAGCAAACAGCCGCAGUACCAGUCAACGGUGGUCCAGCCCACAAAGAAGAGGCAGAGAAGGAGCAGUCCUCGGGCAGCAAAGGAUUGUCUCGUUUCUUACCCGGCUGGCUCAAGAGACCCAAAUCUCAGAUUUCAGAAGAAGAGAUUGGAAAAGAAACUGGAGUGGCUUCUGUUGAGGACAACACUGUGCAACUACAGCAACAACAACAGAAUUCAGUAGAGCAAAAAGAAGAAAGAGGACAAGGGGCCCCUAUUGCUGACCAGGAGUUGGAUGAUAAUAUUGAGGAAGAAGCAACUUUAGAUUUGCAUUCCCUGAGUAGUGUUGAGACGCAGCCAGCGCAAGAAGAGAAAGAAGAUUUUGCUCCAGAGGAAGAUCCAGUGAUUAAGGAUGAAGUAAAGCUAGAAACUCCUGAAGAGAAACAAGGUCAAAGUACAGGGCUAAAAACUAGUGAAGUUUCAAAACCAUCUCUGAAGAUUACCAAAAAGCCUAAAACCAUGCGCUGCAAGGUGACUCUGUUGGAUGAAACUGAAUUUCAGUGUGAUGUUGAGAGACAUUCCAAGGGACAUGAACUCUUUACCAAAGUGUGCCAGCAUCUUAACCUAUUGGAGAAGGACUAUUUUGGUUUGGCCAUUUGGGAUUCAACAAGUCAAAGAAGUUGGUUAGACCUCACCAAAGAGAUUAAGAAGCAAUUACAAGGUGGACCUUGGGAUUUUACAUUCAAUGUGAAGUUUUAUCCACCUGAUCCUGCACAGUUGACUGAAGAUAUAACAAGAUAUUACCUGUGUCUUCAGUUGCGUCAGGACAUAGUUACUGGAUGUCUGCCGUGUUCAUUUGUUACCCUGGCCCUGCUGGGAUCAUACACUGUUCAGUCAGAGCUGGGUGAAUAUGACCCAGAGUUACAUGGAACAAAUUAUGUUAGUGAGUUUAGGUUGGCCCCAAAUCAAACAAAGGAAUUGGAAGAGAAAAUUAUGGAACUUCAUAAAACACACAGAGCUAUGACUCCAGCACAAGCAGAUUUGCAAUUCUUGGAGAAUGCAAAGAAACUUUCAAUGUAUGGUGUGGACUUUCAUCCCGCUAAGGACUUAGAAGGAGUGGACAUCAUGCUUGGGGUAUGUUCAGGUGGUCUUCUUGUAUACAAAGACAGGCUCAGGAUCAACCGUUUUGCCUGGCCGAAAGUUCUCAAGAUCUCAUACAAACGCAGCAGCUUCUUCAUUAAAAUUCGUCCAGGCGAGGAUCAGUGUGAAAGCACUAUUGGAUUCAAACUGCCCAAUUACCGGGCUGCCAAAAAGUUGUGGAAGGUAUGCGUGGAAAAUCAUACCUUCUUCAGACUAACAACACCUGAAUCCACAGCGAAGAGCAAAUUCCUGUCCCUGGGUUCCAAAUUCCGUUAUAGUGGUCGAACACAGGCUCAGACCAGAGAAGCAAGUGCUCUAAUUGAUAGACCUGCACCACGGUUUGAGCGAACUGCAAGCAAAAGGGCAUCCAGAAGCCUUGAUGGAGCUAAACGUAAGUUUCCAAAAACUUCUGUUGAAUUACCACUGGACGAGGAUCUUGAGCCCAGAUGCAUUGAAGCACCCAAAGAGCAGCCAGCUGCAGUGGCUGGGACUCCAGACAGAAGCCCGAGGGCAGUUACUACCUCUGCGCCAACCAUAUCUCAGAGUCAUUCAGUGGAAGCUAGUAGCCCACCCACAGUUGAGACAACUGGAGUGACUGAAUCGAAAGCAGUUAAGGAGGAAGUGAAAUUGGAGGUAAAACAAGAAGAGUGCCUCAUUGAGAAAAAAAGAUCAGAACCAGUCCGAGAGGUUAAGCAGGCCAUCACACAGGCGACUGAGAUCACAUCAUUUCCUGCUGCAGCAAAUGAAAAAUCACAGCAAAAGCCUGAUGGAGAGGAAGAGGUUGUCCGAAUGCGCAAGAAGAGAUCAAAGAAAGUUGAGGGUGAAAACAUUUAUGUCAGGCAUAGCAAUUUAAUGUUGGAGGAUCUAGACAAAACUCAGGAUGAGAUCAUGAAACAUCAUGCUAGUAUUAGCGAACUGAAGCGCAGCUUUAUGGAGUCUGUACCUGAACCACGCCCAAGUGAAUGGGAUAAACGUCUCUCGGCACACUCGCCUUUUAGAACAUUGAACAUCAACGGGCAGGUUCAGUCUGGUACAGAAGGAGCCAUGGUGAUUUCAGGCCUACGCCCUGAAAAGAAGCUUGGUGGGCCAGAGAUGUGGAUGUUGCUGGCUGAACUAACAUUUAUUACCUAUCCCUUUUCGCUUGACGCGAAUGGCUUACUUAGCCAUUUCAAAGUUGAAAGUCAACCAUAUUGCUGUGGGUCUGGACAUACAUGUAGGCCAGACCAGAAUGAGACAACAUACAAUUAAACCCUUUCAGUGGAACUUUGUAUGUGCCUGGAUUUCACUUUUACGUAUGUAAGAAAAAUAAACACAUCAUGAAAACCCAAUUGCAGGCUUAUUGUUUUCUUUUGAAUUGUGCUGAUUGUUUCAGCUUUGUUUACUAUGUGUUCCUGUUGCCAAAUCGGUAUGGUGUAACCGUGCAGUGUUAUGGCCAUUUAUGAAAAAUAUAUAAAUAUUAUAAAACCAAUAUACUGCUGGAAUAAGUUAAAGUUAUAAAUUAAUCAGGUUGUUCCAAUGACCACUUAAAUCUUCAGAGAAAACCUUUUUUAAACAAAUAAUCAAGCUAUUUUGUCCAAAAUUAAGUGAUAAUAUGUUACUACAAUUUUGUUUUAUGUUUAGUUGUGAGGAAGAAAAUCGUAUGAUUAGCAUUUUCUUUUGCUUAUGGAUAUUUUUGUCACUAUUGUACCUUUUCGUGGUGGUCAUUUCACCCUGGAAAACUUAUUUGGAUUAUUUGUAUCAACAGAUUUUCUCUGAAAGUUUAGGAUGCUGAUAGAAUCAGUUGAUUGGUGGAGCAAAUUUAUAGCAGAUUGAAAACCUUGGAUAUAAAGUUGAGUAGUCUAGUUUAGACACUAAGCUUAUGUAGACUGUAACGUUUAAAAUAAACGUUAAGUAUUGCUGUACAUUCUUUGAACAGUUUAUUGUACGAAUUUUCUACAUUAGCUUCAGUUGUUUUGGUUGUAAUUCAGUAACAAGUUGAGAGAAGGACCGUUGAGUGGCAUUCCAUAUGUUUGGUGAGACCAUUGAAGCAUGUUGGGGUUAGUUGGUUUGUUCACACCUUCACGUCAAAUUGAUUUAGAUUGAAGUGUGCAGUCUUGUUGAUGUCUCAAUGAGAAAGACCAUUCUGUAGAAAUAUAUAUGCUUUUUAUUUCAAGAUAGAAAUUUUUGAAGUGACCGCAGUUUAAUCAUAAUGACUAAAGAGUAUUUUAUGUUAAGUCGAUUGUAAAUACAUAUAGCCAGAUGAUAAAGCACAGAUUUAAAUCUUGAAGAAAACAGUGUGCACUUCCACCAGUCAAAUUGUUUACAGACUAUCAAUUUUUAUUGACUGUUUAACCAGAAUCUUUUGAGCAGUGCUAAACUACUGUACAGUUAAUGUGCGAGUACAGAAGUUCCAUUCUCUCACUACUGUUUUUAAAUUUAAAAAAAAGUUGCCCCAGAGUGUAAAGUGACACAAAACAGGCGGUAAAUGAAGUAUAGAAAAAUGAGGAUGUAUGAGAAUACAAGGUACACGUCUUGCAAGUGAAAAAUUUGUGUUAUUUACCAAGCAUCCUAAAUGAUUGUACUUAGCUGUAUUUAAAAUAGUUUUAAUGAUAACACAAACAUCAGUUUGUUGGAACUUUUAGAAUGUUAGAUAGUGUUCAUUCUUGUUAAUUGAGAUAACCUCUUACAAAAAAUAAAACCUCAGUAAAUAAAGUUGAGCAUUUGGGUUAUAGUUCUAUUAAAUCAUCUGUACCUUUCUCUCAUGAAGUAAAUAAAACUAAUCUUUUUGGCACAUACUUGCUAAAUCUUAAUUGAAUCUUUUGAACUAUAAUUUUAUAAGUGCUUGAUUGCAAUCUCUAAAGAAGACUUUUGUAGUGCUAGUAAUCCAAAGCCAAAGUGUUUGCUUCCUCUAGUAUUAUUAAAGAUUUCUGGCCUAAUAUCUCAACAGUGAGCACCAUAAGAAUUAUAGAGGAGGCUUCGCAAAAUUCUUAUGUCUUAUUAAACUUGUUGCUGAACAAUACCUGUUUAUGUGCCAUAUCAGUGCAUUUCAGUACAGGUCAGAUCUGCUAUACUUUGAUUUCGCCUCUGUCAGUGUAGCUAGUUAGAACAUUUUAAGUACCAAGCAUAUGUGAUGUGAUUUGCCCUAAUCAGUCCCUGUUUAUGUUGGGAGACUGAAAUGUUAGUUUGUACCAGAUUCUUUCAAUGAAAUCUUCUGGAUUUUUGUAGGUUAUGUACCUGCAAUUUAUAGGACGACUGCUUUAAUAAACUCUGUGGGUCUUCUUAUAUUAUUUUGUGGUCGUUAAAUUUAUGUAACAUUAUUAUCUGCUAACCAGAUGCAAUCAAAAGUUGCCUGUAGUUGAGAUUGUAUUCUAAAACAUAGAAUAAAUGAUAGUUGUUGAUUGUUUGCACCUCAAGAUUUUCAAAUGGAUAAGACUAAAUUUUAUUUAUAGCUGUUUAACUCAGCUCAUUCUGAAAUUGGCCUUGUAAUUAAAAAGAUACAUUGUCUAUAUUUUCUGAAAAUGUUUUGCAAUGAAACUGUAGUUAUUGGAUUUGUUACGGUGAGCUGAAAAUCAUUAUACUUCAUACAGAAAAAUUGCUAUGUAUGAAAGGUGCCUUUUUGUGCACACUCUGAAUAGCUUGCAAUUAUUUAUCUUUCAGUUUAUACAAUGAUUUCUAACGACCUUGGACAGGGUUGUAAUUCACCUCAAUUGUUCAUUAUUUAUGAAUGUAAAAAUAUAUCUGUCACUGGCCAUUUCCAAAAAUGGUAUAAUUGAUGAGUUGUAGAGUCCAUCAGAGCGCACCAGUUAUUUCUGUAGCGUUUUUGUAAUUGCCUGAUCUGCUAAUGUUUGUUUUCUGCUGCAAAAGGAUAGUUUGAACUACGAUCCUUGAAGAGAUUCCAAAUGGAAAUUAAAGGGAGGAAAGUAUCCUGUAUGCAUUUUCUGAAAAUUAAUGUCUGGAUUAAAUUACAGUGGUGAACUUAUACAAAAUGUAACAAACAAAUUUUCUAACUAAGCAUUUUGCUAUAGCAUUUCUCCUAUGUACUUUCACUAUGUUCAAUACCCAGCAGUUGAAACUACAGUAGUUACUGGUGAGUGCUCCUAAGUGCUAUAUGCAGUGCAGUUUUGUGUUUAAUUUUUAUGGCUUUGUAGCUGACACCUUGGCUGUAAAGAUACAAAUGAGCAGUGAUUUGUUUUUGCUUUGAAUGAAGGUAAUAGGCACAGUAUCCUUGUCUUGACCUACUUAGGCAGCUGUUCAAGAUGUUUAAACAAAGCAUGUACUUUGUAUAUAUAGGAGCACCUGCACAUAACCUUUGAGCAGAAUUAUUAUGCAGAAAAGUUUUAUUUAGCAUUGUGGAUUUAUGUACAAGUACGUUCUAAGCAUACUGCAUUUUAACAAUUUAUAUUGUAAUAUACUGCCUUUUUAAAUGAUUUUAUUUGGGCAUAAUAACUCAACUAUAUUGCUAGUAUAAUUGACUGUCAGAGAAGGGCAUCAAGUUUUGAGCCAGGCACUCUGAGCAGGAGGACCUAAUAUUUUAAAUAUCAUCACCUUUCAUAAUUAAAUGCAUUUUUCAAUUUGUAGAUACCUUUGCAAAACUGCUGUCUAUGUACGUCAAGGGAGAGCCUUUAUUUUGCUUUGGAAUGGUUUGUUUUCCUUUACCACAGAAUUUGAACUAAUGGCAAAGUUUUGCCAAGUAGCAUCACCUUUAGCUUGCUCCAUUGCAUCUCUUAAUCCCAUUUUGAGACCUUUACUUCAGUUGAAGCUUCAUUAAUUAUUCAAAGUCGCAUGAUCACCAGAAGGACCUCAGGUUACCACUUAUUUUACCUAGAAGGGUUAAAAUACUUGUGAAAUUGCAGUGUCCAUCUGAAUGAUGAGUUUUUUAGACACAUAAACAGAUGUUGUUUGGUCAAGUAUUUGGAGAGUAUGUACAACACUAUAAAGUCACUCGUCCCCAUGUACAUGUCUUCUGUAGUACUGAAUGUCAAAAUUUGAUUAUGCAAUGCAUAACACAGUUCUUUUGUAGGCAGAUAAAGUCAUUGAUUACAGAUGGCCUUUUAUUUUAAUGUUUUAAGCAUGAAAUGUGUAGUUGAUUUAAACAAUUGAGGUUUGUUUUAAUUAUACAAGGACUGUCAGAGGAGCAAGAUUAGCCAGAUAAAUGCAGUAUUGAUUCAGACUAACCUCUUAAUGCUUUAAAGUUUUUAUGUAUUUUGAUACUUAUUUGUUCUUGUUUUAGUGUUGGGAUUUCCAUACUAUAUUGUGUCACUCUUAAAUGACGUAACGUAAAACUUAAUAAGCUUCUACGCUUAGCAGUCAGCCUGAUUGAAAAAUUGCCAUUGCAGUCAACUUUAAAGAAAUGCUGUACCAAAUUGAUACAAGGCAUUUUAAUGCAAGCAAGUUAAAAGUUGCUGUAAUAUACACUUUGACUAAAUUCUAGUCUGGAAACAAAUGCCAAACAGGUUUAGGAAUAUUGAAAAUAGGAGCAGGAAUAGGCCAGUCAGCCCAUUGAGCUGACUGCAGCAUUCAAACAGAUUAUCAAUCUGUCAUAUUUUCCCACCAUCCCAAUAUCUCUUAAUUGUCCUUAUUAUCUUGAUGAAAUCCAAUAUUCUGUCUGUAAUACGAUCUGUUAAUACACUGUUUCACAGAUUAAUGCAAAACUUGUACAACUGCUGGAAGGAUAUCAGAUAACCCUUUAGUUCUAGAAUAUUAAAAUACUUUAAUUAAUCAUUCUUAAUUUAUUUUCUAAAAUUAUCGCCUGUGGUCAACUUCUUGUCCAAGUCAUUGCAUUUCCUACUGAAUUUUGGUGACGUGAUUUAAACAAAAUCACUGUUUUUAAAAAAAAGUUCUGAAGAUGUAGUAUCAGUUGGACUCUGACAAGUAUAUUUACUGUUGAUCUGUUUGACAUUCCUAUAGCGUAUUUUGUUUCAGAACGAUCAUUUCAAGAUGACUUCUAUUAUGCGCAGCUAACCUCAAAACAGUUGUAACUAUAGUAAUUCUAGAAACUAGACUAGGAGGCUACUUGUACUUUGUGCUCUAUAAAUUUAAAAGUUAGGUGUAUAUGUGUGAUUUUUGAAAUAAGAGUCCAAUAAGUGCCAACAUUUAGUGUUAUAGUACCUACACUGUAAUCAAUAGAGGUUUGAGAUAUUGACCUUUUGUAGAUGUCCCAAAAUAAAAUUGAUGGGCACCCAAGUAUUUUAAACCCCAUUGUUGUGGUGUAUGUUUACCCAGCAUAAAGCAAAAAUGCACUUUAUAUUGCUUUCUGCAGGUUUGUAAUUUGGCCCCUUUCACAGCAUGCCUGCCUGUUAUAUGAAUGUUCUUUCAAGCUGCAGUAUCUCUUUGCCAGCAAAUAGUAGCGCCAAUGAACAAAAUACUUUCAACCAACUGAUUUUUAAAAAAGGACCUUCAGUAAAAAGAGUCAACAAUAUAGAUGGAUAGUGUCUCCAUCAAAUAAGCCUGAAAAUUCAGAAAGGGAUACUGAAGCUUCAAUAAUUCUGUCUAGUUCAUCUAUCUGUUUUUGAUCCUUUUAAAAAAUUUAUUUUGAAGAAGAUUAAGGACCUUCCAGGGAGCAUGAAUUGAAAUAGCUAUUUAUUCCAAAACCAAAUGUUACACUUUUCAGUUUUACAAUUACUCUGUAGCUUUAUUGCAUCUUUGAAGGCAUCUGCUGAAUCACAAAUGAUACCUGUUUAAACUCUGGAAUCUGCUCAUUUAUGCUAAUCAAAAACUGUUCACAUUUCAUUGCUUUUUUUGUGACAUUCUGUUCCAAUGAGCAAGUUGCAUCAUGCAACCAAGCCUUUUCAAGAGAAGGGAAGCAAAUGAAAAGCGUGUCUUGUUUCAGUGUUAUGAUUUAACCCUUAAAAUUGCAAUAACCACCCUUAAGAUAUCUGAACUCUGCUCAUUCUGACUCCUUGAAUGUCUCUGUUAUUGCUUCACCAUUGUUGGCUGUCUUCAGCUGCUGAGGUCCUAUUUGAGUCCUAAGACUCUUUUCCAAUACUACUACUCCUUUUAUUUCUCUCUGCUCCUUUAACGUGCUCCUUAAACGUACCUCUUUGACCAAGUUUUUAAACAUCUCACUUCAUAUCUCCUUGUAUAGUUUGAUGUCAAACUUUGUAUGAUAACGGUCCUGUGAAGUGUUUUGGGGCUUUUUAUGAUAUUAAAGGCCCUGUUUUAAUACAAGUUGAUGUUGUUAUGGAACUAAUCACUUUCUGGUAUCUAUAACUGCGUUUAUUACUUUAUCUUCCUUUUUCUCCCUCCCACUCUUUCCUGCUG